AUGGCCACUUCAACGCUCACCGGAUUGUUAAAAUUGGUUGCCGGAGAAUUCCCUAACCGACCAGCCGUCUCCGUAUCUGGCAAAUUGGAUUUAACCCACUCUCGUCUCCAUGAAAUCAUCGAAAGUGCCACUUCUCGUCUUGUUGCCUCUGGAAUUAAGCCUGGCGAUGUUGUUGCACUUACGUUUCCUAACACUGUCGAGUUUGUGAUAAUGUUUUUGGCUGUGAUCCGAGCCCGCGCUACGGCAGCGCCGCUCAAUGCAGCGUACACGACGGAGGAGUUCGAGUUUUAUUUAUCAGAUUCAGAGUCCAAGCUGUUAGUAACCCCACAAGAAGGAAACAAUUCUGCUCAAGUGGCAGCUUCCAAGCUGAAAAUCCCUCACGCCACCGCCACACUCAGUGGAGCCGAUUCUGAACUCUCUAUUUCCCUCAGUCAGACUGAGUCAGGCCCCAAUUCGAUAACCCAACUCAUUAACGACCCAUCUGACGUGGCACUGUUUUUGCACACGUCGGGAACCACAAGUCGGCCCAAAGGGGUGCCACUGACUCAGCUCAAUCUGGCUUCUUCGGUUAAUAACAUUAAAUCGGUGUACAAACUCACUGAGUCAGACUCAACGGUGAUAGUCUUACCGUUGUUUCACGUUCACGGGUUAGUAGCCGGGUUACUGAGUUCGCUUGCCGCCGGGGCUUCCGUAGCUUUGCCAGCUGCCGGCCGAUUUUCGGCUUCAACGUUUUGGAAAGACAUGAACAGAUAUAACGCUACGUGGUAUACUGCUGUCCCCACCAUCCACCAAAUUAUUUUGGACCGGCACUUUAGUCACCCCGAACCGGAGUACCCAAAACUUCGGUUCAUCAGGAGCUGUAGCGCCUCUCUUGCGCCGGCUAUAUUGGCCAGGCUUGAGGAGGCAUUCAACGCCCCGGUUUUGGAGGCCUACGCAAUGACAGAGGCAGCGCAUUUGAUGUGUUCGAAUCCAUUACCUGAAGACGGCCCGCAUAAGGCCGGGUCGGUAGGUAAACCGGUGGUUCAAGAAAUGGCGAUAUUGAACGAAAAUGGUGUAAUUUUAAAGCCUAAUGCUAGUGGCGAGGUAUGCCUUAGAGGUCCAAACGUGACCAAGGGUUAUAAAAACAACCCGGAGGCUAAUAAGGCUGCGUUUCAAUUCGGAUGGUUCCAUACCGGUGAUCUCGGUUAUUUCGAUUCGGAUGGCUAUUUGCAUCUGGUGGGGAGGAUCAAGGAGCUUAUUAAUCGUGGAGGGGAGAAAAUAUCGCCAAUUGAAGUGGAUGCAGUGCUUCUAUCUCAUCCAGACAUUGCGCAAGCGGUUGCUUUCGGAGUCCCAGAUGACAAAUACGGUGAAGAGAUAAAUUGCGCAAUAAUUCCUCGAGAAGGAUCAAAGAUUGAUGAGGAGGAGGUGCUGAGGUUCUGCAAGAACAACUUAGCAGCUUUCAAGGUCCCAAAGAAGGUCUUCGUCACAGACUCCGUUCCAAAGACAGCCAGUGGGAAAAUCCAAAGAAGGAUUGUAGCAGAACACUUCCUUGCUCAAAUUUCAACUGCCAGAGUCCCCAAGUUUGGUGCCUAA